CAACCGCUAUUUAACACAAGAAGAAGCAAAACAAACGACACUCCGGAAAAACACGCAAGAGAUCGUGGGGUUUUUUUGGGGUCAACUUGGGUUGACACUUUUUGCAUUCUUUAGCCGAACCACUGGGGGUGUCUUCAAAAUGAUCAUCCCAGUACGGUGCUUCACGUGUGGAAAGAUCGUGGGCAACAAAUGGGAGAUGUACCUUGGCCUGCUCCAGGCUGAGUACACUGAAGGUGACGCUCUUGAUGCCCUGGGCCUGAAGAGAUACUGCUGUCGAAGGAUGCUCCUGUCUCAUGUAGAUCUUAUUGAAAAGCUAUUGAAUUAUGCCCCUCUGGAAAAGUAGUUAGAAAUGCCCUCCUUUACUCAACUUGGACUUUGCUAGGCUUCAUCUGAUUUGAUAUAAGAAAGCAAUAUUGCUUUGACUAUAAUACUUACGAUUAAAAAAAAAAAAAAGUUUCAUGUCACAAUGGCUUUUCAGUUUUGUCCUUUGGUAACCAUCAGGAAAAACUAGACUGGUACAUACAUUCUCAUUAUCUGCAUUACUGCAUUUGUAUGGAUACCCACCACAAAAAGUUGAAGGAAAAAACAUCUUACGGCAAUAACACACAUUUAGAUAUUUUGGAGAUUGUUUUAUAUUACAAAAGACAACAGUGACACUGUGUUAAAUACAUUUGGAUGCAUCUCGCACAUGCAAGGAUUCUAAUUUAAUGACUAUAAGACGCGCACACAAACAGUAUUUCCUUGAAACAAUUUGAAGUCCCACUAAACAGCAGAAUGAAACAGUUACUGAUGUCUGGAGAUACAUUUUUUGUCUUUUUACAAGGUUGUGUACAAAUGGCUCCUUUGCACAUGUCAACUUCAGUCUAAAAGGAAAUAAUCAUGAUCUAAAGAAGGGGGGUUACACUUAAAAUGAACAAGUGAAGUACUCCACACCCUUCAAAUUUGUUUCAGCAGUAAGCUCAAUACAUUCCAACUCCUCAAAAAUUUUACAUUUUAUUUCAAAUAUAAAGUGAACUUAACUAAGGUUCUUCAGUCUCCCAUUAAAUAUGAUUCUCAAAGGCACGCUUAGGGUGUAGACCUUAACGUUUCAAAGACCCAAAUAUAUGGUAUAGAACUGAGGAACUUUGAUACAGGACUAAGGCAAAAUUUAUUUAGUUUCUUUGACCUUGAGGUUUAUGGUUCAUUUUUCAACUCUGAUGCUUUAAACAAACAGGUGACUCAUGCCCAAUUGUUUUAAAAAAGUGAAAACAUUUCAAGAUUAACAGGAGAUAGAUGGACCAAAGUUAAAUUUUAAGUUUAAGCAAAAAAUAUAAUUUACAUUUAAAGUUGAAAAAGAAAAUGUCUCAAUUUUGUGUUUUUCAUGUUGACCGUUUUCUUGUUUAGGUAAAACAAAAAUGAAUUACGCAUACAGGUGAAACAAAAACAGAAGGGGGCAAAAUACUUUCAGAUUGGACUGUACAAAACUAAUCCUUGGUGGCUUUUAAUGUCUCAAUCAGGGAUCUCAAGUGAGCUCGAGAUAUAUUAAAGUAAUACGAAAUUGUUCUGGUGGCUAAAUCAUUAGACCACACAGUAAAUGUACAAGUGAGUGUACCAGUCAGUAAAUGUGGUUUUGAAUGCGGUCCCGUGGUGAUAGUGGUUCACAAAAAUGUCUGGUACAACCUUACAAAGUCAACGAUAGCGCUCUCUGUAAUCUCUGUGCUUUUCCCGUGAACGCUCCCUGCCCCUGUCUCUACUCCGAGAGCGUUCCCUAUGCCUUCUCGAUGUCCCGGCACUUUCCCAACGGGGCGAAUCCUCUCUGUAGCGCUCUCUUUCCCGCUCCCGAUCUCUGUCCCGAUCUCCAGAAUGACUGCUACUCCUAUAGAAAAUCACAAGACAUUGUAAAUGCGCUUACACUUGUAUAGCGCUUUUCUACCGUCAAGAUAUUCAAAGCAAUUCGACAAUAAAUCCAAAUUUUACCAACUGAUCACACAGCAUCAAGAGGUUACAAAGGUUUAAAGUAGGGCUGUCAAACAAUUAAAAAUUUUAAUCGAGUUAAUUACAGCUUAAAAAUUAAUUACUCGUAAUUAAUCGCAAUUCAAACCAUCUAUAAAAUAUGCCAUAUUUUUCUGUAAAUUAUUGUUGGAAUGGAAAGACAAGACAACAUAAGUCAACGUACGGUACAUAAGUAAUGUAUUUGUUUAUUAGAACAAUGAAUCAACAAGAUGGCAUUAACAUUAACAUUCUGUUAAAGCGAUCCAUGGAUAGAAAGACUUGUAGUUCUUAAAAGAUAAAUGUUAGUACAAGUUAUAGAAAUGUUAUAUUAAAACCCCUUUUAAUGUUUUCAGUUUGAUAAAAUUUGUAAAAUUUUCAAUCAAAAAAUAAACUAGUAGCCCACCGUUGCUGAUGUCAAUAAUUAUUACAAAAUGCUCAUGGGUGCUGAAGCCCAUAAAAUCAGUCGCACCCAAGCGUCAGCAGAGGGCGACAGAACUCCCAAAAACACAAGUAACAAGUGGACAUUGCUCUGUGCUGUCAUUUUAAUCUGUUUGAGCGGGGCAUGUGCGUUAAUUGCGCCAAAUAUUUUAACGUGAUUAAAAAAAAAAAAAAUACCGCCCGUUAACGCGAUAGUUUUGACAGCCCUAGUUUAAAGGUCUUAAGCGGCCACUUUUUACGGCCACUGGUUAGUUACUGCCUGGUAAGAGUGACAAUUUAAAUUCUUUGGACUCUUAAGUGGCACAGA